AUGAGGGCGCGUCCGAAGGAGGAAUGCGGUGAAACUUCACUAGACGACUCGACUGGGGGCAGCGAGUCGUGGGUUGGUGUUGGUUUUUGGAAAAAACGCGGCGGAGUAUGUCCAAAUAAUCACCAUCGAUUAGCGGUGGGCUACCUGGGUCCGAGGCGUGGUGGCGCAUGGCGGUGCGUGCAGCGGCGUCAGGCUACUGUUGGUGAUGAAAUUUCAAGACGUGGGUCGUUUGAGGUCGGCGAGUCUGCUGGUGGUCGCGAUGAUCAAAACAUAAAAUCAGCUCGAUCAAUUUUGAUCAUCGGUGGUGGCCCGGUGGGUGUUGAACUCGCUGCAGAAAUUGGCGUCGAUUUCCCGGACAAAAAAAUCACUCUCAUUCACAGCGGAUCGAGGUUGAUGGAAUUCACUGGACCGAAGGCUUCGGAGAGAACUCUAGAUUGGUUAAGGACAAAGAACGUGGAUGUAAAAUUGGAGCAACUGGUCGAUUUGAACUCUUUAUCGGAUGGAACGUACACAACUUCCCACGGAGAAACUAUCGAUGCAGAUUGCCAUUUUUUAUGCACGGGAAAGCCGCUUGCUUCUUCAUGGCUCAAGGAGACAUUCUUGAAGGAAAACCUGGAUCGAUUUGGAAUAUUAAUGGUUGAUCAGUGUAUGACAGUUGAGGAUCGUGACAACAUAUUUGCGGUUGGAGAUAUUACUGAAGUUCGGGAGAUAAGGCAAGGUUUUUUGGCACAAAAGCACGCGACGGCCGUGAAGAAAUUGAAGCUGUUGAUGGAUGGAGGCAAAGAAAGCGAGACGGCCGUUUACGAGCCUCGUUCAGUAAAAGCCAUCGUCUUGCUCGGAAGGAAACAAGCAGUGGCACAGUUCUUGCUCCCGACCAUCAUUGGGAGGAUUCCCGGCAUGAUCAAGUCUAAAGACCUGUUUGUCGGGAAAACAAGGAAGCUGAUGGGCCUAAAACCUUACAUUGUGUACUCUUGA